AAGACAUUUAAAAAUGUUUUUAAAAAAAAAGAAAUGAAGAUCAAGGAAAGAAGGAAAACAGGAAACCCCAUUGAGAACCUACUGCGUGCCCGUUGUCGGGCUUGGCACUUUCAGACACAGAAUCUCCGCUAAUUUUCACCAUGCUCCCGAGCCAGGCGUUAUACUCUCCCCACGUUUAAAAUGACUGGGCUAGGGGCACCUCUGUGGCUCAGUUGGUCAAGCACCUGACUCUUAAUUUCAGCUCAGGUCGUGAUAUCACAGUUGCGAGAUCCAGCCCCACAUCCAGCAGGCGUAGAGCCUGCUUGAGAUUCUCUCUCUCUUCUCUCUCCACCCCUCCCCCUCUUCAAAAGAAAUUUAGAAUGAGUGGGCUGAAGUCUAUCACUUCUCCAAGGUCAUGCAGCGAGCAGGGUGAGCAGUGGGGAGGCGAGAUAACAUUAACCCAACUCCCAAGGAAGCCCUGAGGAUAAGUACUCAGUGACUGCAGACUGUGUUUUUAACACGGCCGGGCCUGUUCCAGGCUCAAGGACACAGGAGAGUCACUUUUCCCAUGACUCCUUUCCUCGUUCCAGGUCUGAUGGAAGAGGAAAACCGGAUGGGGGUGGUCUACUUUCACUUCCACCCCUUCUCAACCGACCCAGCAGUGGCUCCCCUCCUAUUUGUGGCCUUCUUGGUGUCGUACUUAGGAAGUCUCAUUGGAAACAUCACCACUGGGCUCACGGUCUGGCGAGAUCACUCCCCCCACACCCCGAUGUGCUUCUUCCUCUUCGCACUGGCUGUGCUGGCAAUUGGCUACUCCACCAACAUUGCUCCCCUGACUCUGGCUGGCAUCCUUUCCACGGGGCACAUGCUCGUCUCUCUCCCUGGCUGUGGGGCCUAGAUGUUCCCCUUCAUUCUUCUUGGAGGGUCUGACUGUGUCUUGCUUGCUGUCAUGGCCUACGACAGGUACAUGGCAAUCUGCCACCCAGUGCGUUACCACAUCAUCAUGAGUUGGUGGCUCUGUGGGCAGAUGACUUUAGGUUCUUUGGGCCUGGGAUUCCUGUUGUCACUGCCUUUGACCGUUCUGAUCUGCCACCUUCCAUUCUGUGGCCGCAAUGAAAUCUUCUGCUUCUUCUGUGACAUGCCUGUCAUCAUGUGCCUGGCCUGUGUGGACACCCGCAUGCACAAGGCAGCUCUCUAUGCCAUCAGUGUGGCCACAGUGGCUGUCCCCUUCCUCCUGAUCUGCCUCUCCUAUGGCUACAUUGUGGCCACCAUCCUGAGGAUGAAUUCAGCUGAGGGAAAGUGCCGGGCUUUCUCCACCUGUUCCUCCCACCUCAUCGUGGUUCUCCUGCAGUUUGGAUGUUGCACCCUUAUCUACUUUCACCCCAGCUCCAGUUCCUCUUCAGAAGAGGGCCGGGCAGUGUCUGUUGUCUACACCUUUUUUGCACCAGUGCUAAACCCCUUGAUCUAUAGCAUAAGGAGUCAAGAGGUGACUGAUGCGGGAAGAAGACUUACAGUAAGAACGUGCUGGUUCAGGAAACCAGAAAUAUUCCUUCCUAGAAGAAAUAUUCCCCAAACCAGUAGAGGCAUGAUCUGAAGGACAGAAAGCUCCAAAGCAAAGAGGAAGGAGUGGAGAGAUGACUGUCUCCAUGGCCCUCUCAGCCGGGGGAUGCUCAUCAGUGCACAUUCCUCUCUUUUUAGGAGAUUCUGGUGAGGAAGCCCUGGAUUGGCCCUGACUACUUAGCCAGCCUCCUCUCUCAUCAUAGUGCUUAGAAUAAGGACUGGACAGGAGUGUCAGUGAAGAAGAGGGUGAAUAAAUGGAUGGACAGGGUGACAGUAGCAGUUGGCAUAAUGGACGCCGUCCUGUUACCUGUUUUAAGAGCCUACAGCCUGAUGGUACACAGACCCAAUGGAUUCAAAGACUCAGAUGUCUUCUGACCUUGCUCUUUGCCAUUCAAGGUCUGCUCAAGCCCCACUGCCUUAAAGUCUGUCUGGCCACUCUUCUGACAGUGGGAUUUCUCUUUUCACUAAAUCAAAUCAAAUCAUCUUCUUUUUGUACAACCAAGUUUCACAUGUUUCAGUGUUGCCUCUAGAAUAAGUCUAUAAGGCCCCUCAGUGUAGAAGAAAUGGCUUAUUCUUUCUUUGCAUUUUCUGGUGAAUGGUGGGUAUUUAGCCUUAGGAUCUAACCAUGGACUUGAGUCUGCACUUUUCCUUUAUGUAAAAAAGAGGAUGGUGAGAACAACAGCCUUUCUAUUUCAAGGGGGUUGGAUUGACAGUCAAGUGAGAUAAUGGAUGUGUAAAAAUAUAAUAAGAAAGCACAGGGGCACCUGGGUGGCUCAGUUGGUUAAGUGGCUGACUCUUGAUCUCGGCUCAGGUCACAUUCUCAUAGUUCAUU